UAAAGAAGGCUAAUGCUAAAAGCAGUGUUCACAUAUAAAGGGGGAACGGUGGAGGGGAGGGCGAGCUAGUGAGCGGAGAUACAAGAGUUCGGGUUGUUGGCUGGGGUAGUUGUCGAGAGGUAGGCUAUUGCAAUUGUGUUACAAACCGAAAAAACGAUGAAAUCCGCCGUCGCAGCUGCCGAAACAACGGUAGCAUGGUAGAUUUGGACUGGGGUUUGCAAGACGAGCGUCGAUAUCUACACGUUACUGUAAUUUUAACACAGAAUUACUUAUCCCCCUGAUCGAGUCGGGUAAACCACCGUCCGAGAUGGGGAAGGAGGUUAAUGGUGUUUCGCGGAGCCGGUUUGAGAUGUUCUCAAACAGCGACGAGGCCGUCAUCAAUAAGAAGCUGCCCAAGGAGCUGUUGCUACGAAUCUUCUCCUUUCUGGAUGUGGUGACACUCUGUCGCUGUGCCCAGGUCUCACGGUCGUGGAAUGUGCUCGCUCUGGACGGCAGUAAUUGGCAGAGGAUUGACCUUUUCGACUUUCAGAGAGAUAUCGAGGGGCGAGUGGUGGAGAACAUCUCGAAACGAUGUGGGGGAUUCCUGAGGAAGUUGAGUCUGAGGGGCUGUCUGGGGGUGGGGGACAGCGCUCUGAGAACCUUCUCCCAGAACUGCAGGAAUAUCGAGCUGCUUAGUUUGAAUGGCUGCACCAAGAUUACUGACAGCACAUGUAACAGCCUCAGUAAGUUCUGUCCCAAGCUCAAGCACUUGGACCUCGCCUCCUGUACCUCAAUCACCAACCUGUCACUCAAAGCACUCAGUGAGGGCUGUCCUCUGUUAGAGCAGCUUAACAUCUCGUGGUGUGACCAGGUGACUAAGGAUGGCAUCCAGGCCUUGGUACGAUGCUGUCCCGGACUCAAAGGCCUUUUCCUCAAGGGCUGCACACAGUUGGAGGAUGAAGCACUGAAGCACAUUGGUGCACACUGUCCAGAGCUGGUCACUCUCAACUUACAGACGUGUUCGCAAAUCACAGACGAAGGUCUCAUUACUAUAUGCCGGGGCUGUCACCAUCUGCAGUCGCUGUGUGUCUCAGGUUGUGCCAACAUCACAGAUGCCAUCCUCCACGCCUUGGGACUGAACUGCCCGCGCCUCAGAAUAUUAGAGGUGGCUCGCUGCUCUCAGCUCACAGAUGUGGGCUUCACUACACUAGCAAGGAAUUGCCAUGAGCUGGAAAAGAUGGACCUGGAAGAGUGUGUGCAGAUCACGGACGGCACACUUAUCCAGUUGUCCAUCCACUGCCCUCGUCUGCAAGUUCUGAGCCUGUCUCACUGUGAGCUGAUUACUGACGAUGGCAUCAGACAUCUGGGCAGCGGGCCCUGUGCCCACGACCGGCUGGAGGUGAUCGAGCUGGACAACUGCCCCCUGAUCACGGACGCCUCGCUGGAGCACCUGAAGACCUGCCACAGCCUGGACCGCAUCGAGCUCUACGACUGCCAGCAGAUCACCCGCGCAGGCAUUAAGAGACUAAGGACCCAUCUACCUAACAUCAAAGUGCACGCGUAUUUCGCCCCCGUCACCCCACCCCCCUCAGUCGGGGGGAGUCGCCAGAGAUUCUGUCGCUGCUGUAUCCUGCUAUGAUGUGAAGACUGCGUCCCCACCCCCCCUCAGCCCAACAUCUGCCCCUCCACCCAACCUGGCUCGGCCUGGUCCGAUCCGGCCUCAAGGUAUACAUGCUGGUGUGUCCCCCCCGAUUGGAGCUGCAGAGAGAGGGAGAGAGCCCAAACACCACAGGGUCUGGGAAGAACCUUCCCAACGACACUACCAAACCCACUCACAACAGCCUUUGUCAAACACACAAAUAAACACACACACACACAUCACCACAGAUGAGCGUCAGUACAUUCCCUGCUGUCCCCAGGCCCAUGUUCUAAAGACCUUGCAGCAUUACAGGGAGGAUUACAUAAUAGAACCACUGCUGUUUACAGAUUAGGCUCCUAAUACACUGUAUGGACUACAUGAAGCUAGGGCUCACUUGAUACAAGGUUCCCUAUGGACUACUAUGACCUUUUACUGAAGGAUCAGGAAGAUAGGUUUGGAUAAGAAACUCACAUCCAAUGUGUGUUUGUGGGUGUUGGGAGGAUAACCAGAAACAUGGCUAGAGCUACUAUGAGGAUAUUGGUUUGGUAGAAAUGCCCUCAGAAUCUUUCAACGACUGUCAAGCUACCUCUAGACAUAACUGCACUUCAAUGUGAAGUUAUCUUUGUUAGCCUCUGGUUCCAUACUGCCCACUCCACUCCAAACUUUUUUUUUUUUUUUUGCUAAAGAUCCGUUUCCAUUGGCACUUUUGAAGUCAACCCAGGUUAGGCUGGACUUGGUGGCUAGCUGAAAUUGUUUCCACUGCCUCCUAAAUAUAAUAAAUUAUGUCAUGUUGCUAGGUAGCCAAUAUGUGACUGCAGCUGGCUUCGCUAAUGUUGCUAACUGGCAAGAUGUUGAAGAAUUUAAAUUCACCCUCACAAUACUGUAACUAACUUUAACCCAUACUCCUGUCAGUGCUAGCCAUACUCAGAACCAUGUAUUUAGUUUGCUAACUAGCUAAACGGUUAGCGUCGCUAUUGGCUAGCUAGCUAAUCAAGCAAACCAGACGGCAGGUUUGAGUUUUUUUAAAUGUAUUUAAUUAUAUUUUUUAUACGAAAUGUUUGAUAUGAUGUAGCUAGCUAGCUUUCAAUACGAACGGGCCAGCUAAAAUUCCUGCUACUAGCUACAGUAGCUUGUUUUAACUCUGAUAUGCUAGCUAAUAAUGGUAGCUAGCAUUUUAGGGCUGACUGUUGUCAUAAAAGUUUAUUGUGUAAUGCAAAAAUUAAUGGAUCCAGCUGUGGUGGUAAUUCGUGUCAUGUCUGACUACUGCAGUACUGCUUGUCCAUGUGCUAACUAGCAGCGUACACACCUAGAUGAACUGCUAAACGUUGUCACCAUCCAGCGGUGAUUUAAAUUUGUUUGUAUUUAUUUACUGCGUCACCAGCCUGAAUUCUAAUCGCGCUAGCACCAGUUGUGAAACUGGGCUGUGCUGGUUCGAAUUUGAGAAUUCCAUUCGAACCAUCUCUAUUUUGGCCCAAAUUUUAAGUGCCAGUGGAAAAGGUGUUUAAUUUAAGAGUCCUGGUGUCUUCUACAGCCAUUAAACAAAUUUUAAGUGCCAGUGGAAAAGGUGUUUAAUUUAACAGAGUCCUGGUGUCUUCUACAGCCAUUAAACAGCCCCCCCCCCCCCCACCCCACACACACACACACACACACACACGCACGCACGCACGCACACACACACACAAACAUAUUGUAAAUACAGUGGGUAGUAGUUAUUCUUCUCUAGACUCAAAGUAGCUACAGCUUAGUGCAGGCCUGCUAGAGGCUAUGCUGAGUUUAUCCAGCAAAAUGAUGACACUUUUUAAAGAGUCUCUAUGACUCAUCUAAUAGUUUACUGCCAAAUGACUACACACACUUGCACAUACACAUGCGCGCGCACACACAGCUCAAUACCUCCCUUCCUCCCUCUCUGUUACAAUCAGAAACUUCAUUGUACAAAAAAAAGAAGAGAAAAGCAAAUAUUUUUCUAAAAAGGACACCAAUUGAGACUUACACUUGGGGACUUGAGAAGAUGCCAAAUGUUGCAUGUAACAAUUCUAGUUUUUUAAAUCUAAAUGUAUUAUAUGUAAGUACUGUGGAAAUCCAGCGCCGCAGCCAGCUGAACCACACCACAGACCAUGGUGUGAAGGAGAGAUUUACGUUAAUGGGUCUCGCACUAUGAACUAUGUUUAGCCAAACACAUACUGUACACACACAGUGUGUGAGAGAAUGUUCCAGGGCUAUGGAGAGUAGUUUGGACAGUGAACCAUCACCGGUUCUGGAUUUUUGGAGACAUAUUAAACCAGGCCCCUGCAAGCUAGUCUUAACAACAAAAAUCUUGAAUAGAGACCCAAACACAUAAAAUAAAAAAGAUUGACGUCACUGUGAGUUUGUGAUGCCAGACAGACCAAGAGGAUGGAAAGAAAAAGCCAACCGAAAACAAAGUAUCUGUAUUUUCAUUUUGUUGCUUUUAGUCUUUUUUUCCCUCCUUGGUGAUGAACAUUCUUGAUGAAUGCGAGCUGGCGAACCACAUGUGUAGGAGGAGAUGCCCAGUGUUGCUAGCGGGCACCAGGAUCUGGUCAGUGACAGUAAUGCCCCUUCAACUCCCAUGAGGCCAUGCAGGGGAGAGGGUGACAGUGGAGUUGACCCUGCCACCAGCGCAACGCCCUUCUCUUUCUGCCUGGGACCAGUGACGUGGGACGAGGAGGGGCCGCUGGAAUUGGAUAGGAACAAGGAAGUUGUUUAGAAUCUUGACCUGGAGUGAGCUGAGUGCACAACACUGGCCUGCUGACAGAUGUUGGAGUACAGGGGUAUGUGUCCCAAAACGCCACGACUACCACCUUACCAAAAGACUUUGACCCCUGUUCAUGAGUUUCAAAGCCUUUCAUUUGGAUCCUUCCUCCUCUCCCACACUUUAACCUUCUCUGUUUUCUCUCCUCUUCUGUUCUCUGUUCUGUUUUUCUUUUUAUAGUUUAGUCUUUUUUUAGCCUUUUUCUGUUCAAGUUGGUGACUUCUACAUCUCGUUCUCACCCCUCCCCUCUCUUUUCUGUUUGGUGUGUUUUGGGGUGGGGCUGUUUUUGUUUUUCAUUCAGUCAUGAGUUCAGUGUUUUCCCCAGUUAAGUUUGAGCCCUCUUGCAGUCCUUGGUUUUUGGUCUUAUGCAGUUUGUGUUCUAUUACGAGUUCUUGUUACCUAAUGUCCAGAGUGUAACCUUUGUACAGGGGGAAGGGUUGGAGACAGUGCAAUUUGUAAAAUAAGUUGAUGAUGAGUCGGUGAGGAUGAACCGGUGUUGCUUGUAUGUAUAAUGGAUGUUAUACAACGUAUUGAAUGUGUUGCCAUGAAGGCAUGGUCUGGGAACGUGGGGGGGUUAGGGCCUAGGUUGUGUGCUGAUGUAGCAGAAACAGAUUCCUCUCCUGAUGUGCUUUCCCUUUACUUGUUAUGCCUUGCUUUGGGGAUCCCCUAACACCAUGAUGCAGCCCACCCCACUGUAGAAACAAAACAGAGUUGGUACGCCCAAUAGGAAUGUUUUAAUGUUCUCUAAAAAUACAUAUUUCCUUCUAAGAUUCAAACCAACUAACAGGCAAAACAUUUAAUGAUUAUUUUCUGUUUUGUGAUUUGUCCGUUGGGGGUGGGAGGGGGAUAAUGCAAACGGCGAUUAAUCCAGUCUGAUCUGUUUUGUUUGAAUGCGGGUUUAUGGGGGAUUAGAGAACAUCCAGGAGCCCAGAUAUGCGGAGAUGCAUAAUGUACUCAUACUACGCACCCUCUGGCUGGAUGCAACUGUGCUCCCCCUGCUCCGUACGGUCUGGAGUUACUGGAGGGAAAGUCAUGGUGAAGCCAGGAUCCAUAACACCUGUUUGCCCUCUUCACACAUAGUUGCUGAGUCACCGGCACCACUUGUACUCGCUUAGUCAUACACAGACGCACUGAGACACACACACACGGUACGCACUGACCAUUUGCACUGCCAUGGUCCCCUCUGAAUCAGAACUCAGUUGAGAGCGAAGGUAUGCAGAGUAGACAUACGUGCUUACACAUACACACUAUUGACAGCACAGACAACAGGCAAAUUCAGCCUCAAGCGGUUCUGUUAGAAUUUAUUCAAUAUACAAAAACACGAGAACAUGUCCAUACCGGGUUAUCUCAUAAACUACCCUGUAGAAUGUCAAGACUAAACACAUGCAAAACAAUUAUACCGCUUCAUUCCUCUGAUUUUCCAGCAGUUAACAUGGAAGAUGACAGAUUACUGAAUUCUGGAUCAGUCCAUUUUCAUGUCCACUCAGUCCCUAUGACUAGACUGUGUGGGGGAGGGGGUUGGGGAGGAUGGCUGGCUGGCUGUGUGAACAAGAUGGUGGAUUUAAAGUGUGUUCUUGGUAGUUUGACACCUGGGGAUUACUUUACUUUUUUUUUUUACUUUACACAAUGA